AUGAAGCCCAGCGGCGGCGGCUGCCCCCUCCUCCUCUCCCUCCUGGGGCUCCUCUUCUUCGCCACGCAGCUGCCCGGCACAUCUGGACAGAACGUGACAGAAAAAGCUGGCACCUGCCCCGAGACACAGGCGGUGACGACCGGCGGGAACUGCACGGAAGAGUGCCAGUCGGACGACAGCUGCAAGGCGAACCAGAAGUGCUGCCCGACGGGUUGUGGGGCAUCUUGCCAAGUCCCGGAUGACAAACCAGGUACCUGUCCGAAAACUGUCGGUGCCAUUUCACCGCUGGGCAUUUGCCAGGAAAAAUGUUCAAAGGACUCUGACUGCAGGGACACUGCAAAGUGCUGUCAAAAUGGAUGUGGCAAAAGGAGCUGCUUGUCCCCUGACUUCUGAGAUGCAGCCCAGGCAC